AUGAUACAGUGUUUACCUCCCCGUCGGAAAAGGAAUCUGUUUUCUUUGUCCAAGGUGCUGGUCCAGAAUGGGGUGCAUUGUUGUGAUCCUCACUAUCACAAUCUAUGCAUUCAACUUCAUUUUUCGAAUCUUUUUUUUCAUAUACGAGGAAGACGCACGACAUCUAAAGCAAAUCUCUCUCGGGGAUGCCUGGCGCUCUUCCAGAGUAUCCCCGCGAAUGGUGCAACGUUUCUGACAGGACACGGCAGUUGUAUCGAUUUAUUGAAUUUUUGCAAUUUUUCUCUUAUCAUGAAUAAAGAAGAAAAAAUUUUCACCCUAAAUUAUGAUCCUAUUGUCAAAGAAUUGGCAACUUUGUCCAAUGAAGUCGAAGAUGAAAAACUUAAGAAACGUGUAGAAGACAUCAUUGAUCUCCGUUACAAACGUGAUGCCUAUGGGACUGAUUUCAAUACACCAGCGUCUCCAGUUUUGCAGGGACUUCUACAUGAGACAAUGACAAAAGACUGGGACUCUGUGUGGGAGAAAAAAGAAGUCUCAUAUAAAGUUUCACCACGCAUGAUGUCUGGAUUUUGGGCAGGUCAAAUCUUGAAGAUGCUUGUAAGUAUGCAAAGCGCUCGCCGAGUUCUUGAAAUUGGAAUGUUUACAGGCUAUGGUGCACUUUCCAUGGCUGAGGCAAUGCCUGAAGAUGGUGAAUUGGUUACCUGUGAUGUUGAACCAUACUUUGGGAAAAUGGCCCGAAAGCAUUUUGACAAAAGUCCCCAUGGCAAGAAGAUCACUAUCAAAAUAGCCCCGGCUUUGGAAACGAUGGCAAAAUUAUCUGAAGAAGGCAAACAAUUUGAUUUGGUUUUUAUUGAUGCUGAAAAAUCUGGUUACAUUGGAUAUUUUAAGUUUAUUCUUGAUAAUAACUUGCUGGCAUCCAGAGGAAGCCUUGUUUUUGAUAAUGUAUACUGGUCUGGCCAUCCUUAUAUUGAUGAUCCCAACAAAUAUGAAGUUAUGAGAGAAUUUAACAACUAUAUCAAAGAAGAUCCAAGAGUCUUCCAGGUUCUUCUUCCUAUCAGAGAUGUCUCGCCAAGAAUUUUCUCCUGUUUCUCCCUUCCGUCUGCCUCUUUCGUCUCUCCUGUAGCACCGCAACUCAUAACGGUCGACGCGGGUACUCACGCACAUGAUGGCACAUAG